AUGAAAGCCCUCACAGUUCUGGCGGCAAAACUCAGCGACACCGAACUUGAAAAGCUUGCCUACGAUAUGAAGAAAGAACUGCAAUCAACAGAGUACGAUGAAAUGUUGCAGAUCAAAGAAGGCAAACCCCAAAAGGCAGGUCAGGUUGUUCCGGGUACGAUACUUUAUCCCUCAUGGGCGAAGCGAUUAAAAGCCGGGUUCGGUAAGAUGUACGGCUUUAUUCCAGGAACAGAUGAAGAUUGUAUCAAAACGGUUUUAAAUGAGAUACCAACUCAGCGGGCAUUUAUUAAUGUGGGUGUUGCCUAUUACAAGGAAUUCAAAAGAAUGUUGAUGGAUGAUUUAAAAGCUGAGUUCAACUCAUUCACCUACCCUACAUACCUGACAAUGAUUAAUAUGAAAACGAACAGAGAAGUUAAGUACAUCGUCAUUCAUUGUACUGCCACACAGCCAGAAGCCACCGUUGAAAGCAUUCAAAGGUAUUGGAGAGAAAUUAAACGCUGGGGAGAUACUCCGGGGUAUCACUACCUGAUUAAACCCGAUGGUGAAAUUGUAAAGUUACUCGAUGAGAGUAAAAACAGUUAUGGCGUUUACGCGCACAACAACGAAUGUAUUUCCAUUAGCUAUAUCGGUGGAAUAGAUCGCAAAGGAAAACCCUUUGAUACCCGCACACGCAAACAGGAAAGAGCCAUGUUUGAUAAGGUCAUAGAACUCACUGAGCGAUACCCGAAUGCAGAAGUGCUUGGACACCAUGUCUUAAGUCCGGUAACAGCAUCACCGGAGGCUUUAAGGGAUGUAGUGCUUGCUAUGCUGAUUGCUGUAUCAGGUGGUGGUGGAACUUCCACGGGAGAUGCUACUCUGGCAAAUCAGGGAGUGAUUGCUGCCUUUGACAAUUUCAAUAUUACUGCUCCCGCAGGACUUGGUUAUGCUAUGAACGCAAGGCAAAUAGAAAUUUUGUUGGAGCAAUCCGGUUACGCUCAAAAAUCUCAGGCGCAACAC